AUGGCCACCGUCGAAACCAUCACAGAGAGCCUCCCCACCCUGACUCUCCGCAGCACCGACGCCGACAAGCCCGCUGCCGUGAAGGAGGAGUACCGCUACGCCCACCUCCUUCCAGUCUUUCCCAAGGAAGAGCACUACCCACCCCUCACGCCCUUCGAACACGUCGACCCUGCCGCCCGCGCACUCUCCCACUCGAACCCUCGCGCGUUCCUCGACGGUGCCUCGCUAGUCGACCUCACGCCCCGUCUGGGAACCGAGGUGCGCGGCAUUAACCUCGUGGACUUGGACAACGACGGCCGCGAUCAGCUCGCACUCGAGGUCGCCCGCCGCGGGGUGAUGGUCUUCCGCGACCAGCAGCCGUUCCUCGACUCCUCCCUCGACUUCUUCCGCGCCUGGUCCGCCCACUUCGGCCGCCCCCACAUCCACCCGACCUCGGGCCACCCCGACGGCGUCCCCGAGCUCCACCUCGUCUACCGCGACGAGCACACCACCUUCAACUACGAGCUCAACGACCGCGUGCAGCCCACCGUCUGGCACUCCGACGUCUCCUACGAGCUCCAGCCGCCCGGGCUCACCACCUUCUUCCUCCUCGCCCAGCCCCGCACCGGCGGCGACACGCUCUUCACCAGCCAGGUCUCCACCCUCCGCCGCCUGAGCCCCCACUUCUGGGACUUCCUCAAGACCCUCACCGCGGUCCACUCCGGCUUCGAGCAGGCCGACUUCUCGCGCUCCGGCCGCCGGGGCGGCGUCGUCCGCCGCGAGCCCGUCGAGAACGUGCACCCCGUCGUGCGCAAGCACCCCGUCACCGGCGACGAGGCCCUCUACGUCAACCGCCAGUUCACGCGCCGCAUCGUCGGCCUCAAGCUCGAGGAGUCCAACGCCAUCCUCAACUUCCUCUACGACCACAUCGACAAGAGCGGCGAGAACCAGGUGCGCGUCAAGUGGGAGCCCAACACCGUCGUCAUCUGGGACAACCGCGUCACGGCCCACUCGGCUAUCCUCGACUUCGAGGACACCCGCGAACGCCGCCACGGCGCGCGCAUCACUCCUCAGGCCGAGCGCCCCAUCCCGGCGAACCCGGACUUGAAGCUGUAA